AUGGCCACCGGCCCGAAGAUAGUGCACAAACAGUUCAACUCGCCCAUCGGGCUCUACUCCCAGCAGAACAUCAAGGAGACGCUCACCAAGCACAUGCAGAACCUUGGCAAUGGCACCGUCGGGAUUGACUUCAACGACCCGAUCACAGACAAGCCCGCGAACUUGGCAAACUCUGCCGUUUUGCGCAUGCUUGAAGAAGAAGAACGCAAUCGCAGAGGAGGACGCCCUAACUUAGACCCAAGCCAAGUGUGGGCUAUCAAGAAGAACAUGGUUCACAUGAGCCAUCCGUUUGACAACUACUGGCCUCCUGAUAGAUCGAGGAUGCGAUCAGCUCGGAGCUGGGACGGUCAGCUCAACGCCACUGGGAAUGUAUAUUCAGAGUUCUUGAAGGCCACUAAAGGCCAGAAGAAAGUAGUGUGGCCACCUGUGCCCGAAACGAACGGAUAUCAUCAAACACCACAGCAACAGUCACCUGCGUUCUACAACAACGCGCAGCAAUCCCCAGCUUCUCCACAGCCUCAGUACCAGCCCCAACAACAACCACAGUACCAACAACAACCACAAUACCAACAACAGCCCCAAUAUCAGCAAUCCCAAUAUCAGCAACCCCAAUACCAACAACCCCAGUAUCAGCAACCCCAGCCCCAGUACCAACCUCAACCACAGUAUCAACAACCCCAAUACCAACAACAGCCUCAGUACCAACAGCAAGCUCCCGAGUCGGAUCCUUCGUUCUGUGAAGGCCGACGACAGGAAGCCACAGGGCUGAGUAAGCUGAUCCCCGCCGGUCCAGGCGUUACCGCAUCCCCUGCUUCCUACCGGCCAGGCCCACCGUCACCAGGCGUCGCGCAGCCCUAUCGCCCCGGACAAAGCCGCUGGGCACCAGUACCAGCCCCUCUUUCCCCUCAGACUCAAGGAUCGCAGCCGGGGUACCCGUCGCAACCGCAGUUAUCGCCGAGCCAGUACUCGCCACAGCCUCAGUACUCCUCCGUCAGUCCGUCGUACUCGGAGCCCCAGUACCAGGCCCCACAGAAGAACUACGAGCCCCCACCAGCGACGAUCACUCUUCGUCAGCAACAACCAGUUCACCAGAAACCUCCUCCGGUUUUCGCUAGUCAACCCGCCACAGCUUCUUAUCAAGGAGGCUCCAACAUGCGUGGGGAUCAGAAGUGGCCACCGCAGUCCGUGAAGGAGGCAGUAGCCGCUGAGAAUGAAGCCAGAAGACAGCUGGCAAGGGGACCUGCUUGCAGACCUCGCAAGGUAAAGAAGGACUAUGGUUCUUUCUUCGCGCAGCACGCCCUGAACAACAACUACCCAGGGUACCGCGCGCCACCCGGCACACAACACUAUGAGGACCACUCCGGCCGAUCUUCAUACUAA